AAAACGUACGCUACAUUUUGUCGUGGGUGGCAGUGUAAUGCAUUUUGUUAUGCUAUUCUCCAAUUUAAGGUUUAAGUGUAUUAAAAAUCGGACAACCUUACUUAAAGUUAGCUUUUGACUAUGUCCACAACUUACAAUUUGUAUAUUUUAAAAUUUCGCUGAGUGUAUUCAUAUUUAGAUCGAUGAAUAAGAACACCAAUUAAUAUCUCACAUUGAUGUAGAUUAUUUCCGUAAGUUUCUGGAGUUGUUGUUUAAGCUUAAUAUCCGGAAUUCCGAAAUAGAUCGUGAUACAAUGCGACGACAGCCGGAAUGCUCCGAGAUUUCGGAGUUAUUUGUAAACUGACAACUACUAUCAAAGCACUUUGUAAACAUCAUUCUGGUCGAACAGACUAAAGUAUUAUGGCAAAUCAUCAGGAAACUUUCUGAGCGGGCACAUUUAUCUUAUCUUCUAUUUAGUUAUAAGUUGUAUGGCUUUAACGUUGCAAAAUGUUUACGUUCUCCUGUCUCAUUUUAAGGAACUAAUUGUGGCAUUUUCUCCAUACCUGCUAAACCGUGUAUACAAAAUUUAUAACCAGCAGGUGAUUGUAUAAUAUAUCAAAAUUUCUUGCAGUUGAAAUGAACCUGAUUUGUUAGACGUUUGGAUGCAUUAUUCAUCUAAUCCCUAUAUGCAAAAUAGUUACCGUCAGAGUCAGUGAGUAAAUUUUGAUAAUUGUGAUGGGUAUAUAAAACCAGUAACUACUCACCUAAUACUUUUGCAAACGGACUUUUAACGUGAUGAAAUUGACCUAUUUGACAUUCUUGUUUGACAUCGUAUGCCUGAAGUAAGCAGGAACUUUUGAAUCACUUUUGUCUGGGUGAUUUGAUAUUUAUUCAACAAUGCUGUUGUGCCAGUGAUCGAGCUUCAAUCUGAAUUUCUGACUGGAGUCAAACCUCAAGAUCGAUUAUUAGACUAAAAUUCUUAUUUGACAUUUUUUCAUCAGCUUCUACUGUUGUAUUAUGAGUUUCUAAGUUUCCUUGAUCGUCAUGCUCCGAAUUAUUGCAUUUUCACUAUUGCACUGUGAUAAGAAAGUGGCAUAGCUACUUGUUAUAUCCUAUGGACACAACGGGUUACUCACCCUCUUUAACUCAACAAAGACUGACCCACCUCGGUGUACAAGGGUAAGAGUGCAAAUGGAGAGGUUAUUUUCCAUCAACUGCAAAUUCUCCACUGAUUCUGAAAAUUAUGUGAGAAAUACAAUGUUAUGGGUAGGUUGUGUGGUUUGCUCAACCGGUUAGUUUUUAUUUAUUUUAUUUUAUUUGAACACAUAAAUAUUGGUACAAGGAAGCACCAGAUAAAUAUGCGCCUCACAAAUCUCAUUUGAUUUGUGUGAGGGCUGUGAUACUGCCCAGAUGCCCAGACUGAAGCAGGUAAUCGGUUAGUAAUCAAAUCUGAAUACAUUUAACCGACUAGUUGCAACUAAUUAUUAAUUUAUCUAUAUAAUUCAAAACGUCAAAAGACUAACCACUUCAAUUACAAAAUAUAAAUAAUUUACGGAGCUAUAUUUUUGAUCCACCCUGACACUAACACACUCGGAUCCUGUUUAUAAUUAACAUCUAAGUUUUGAUUCAGUUCCCAUGUUCAUUAUGACUACUUCAGUAUAGGUUUGAUAAACUUAGUGGUAUUUACCAUCUUUGUCUUAUUCAAAGUUAGCCAUAUUGUCAUUUAAUUGUAACUCAAAUUUUACUUUGUACUGAGUCGCAGUUUCUGUUUUGUACCCAGGUGAAAAAUGUUUAACGAGGAAACAAAAGGCUGAAACUAUUCCCUUAGUUCUCAAUAAACAAUAUGGCUAAAGCUCGUAAAAGUAAUUUUUAUGACUUAUAAUGUUUGUCCCAAAGUACCCAAUGCCACCAAAGAGGAACUCAUGGUUUUAACCGUGAGUGAAAUAAUCUCACACCUUUUAAAGGCUAUCGAGGAAAAACGUGAUGUCGAUUUAAAUAAACUGAAAUCAGUGAUAUCUAGUAAAUAUGGUUUAGCCUCACAACCACGAUUGGUUGAUUUAAUCGCAGCUGUACCAACAGAACAUAGACAUGUGCUGUUGCCACAUUUGAAAGCGAAACCAGUGAGAUCAGCUAGUGGGAUUGUAGUUAUAGCAGUCAUGUGUAAACCUCACCGAUGUCCUCAUAUAGCUGUGACCGGGAAUGUUUGCGUCUAUUGUCCAGGUGGACCAGAUUCUGAUUUUGAAUACUCUACACAGUCGUAUACUGGAUAUGAGCCCACUUCAAUGCGUGCUAUUCGAGCUCGUUACAAUCCUUUUAUUCAAACACGGCAUCGAAUUGAACAACUUCAACAACUGGGACAUACAUGUGAUAAAGUUGAAUUUAUUGUUAUGGGGGGAACGUUUAUGUGUCUUUCUGAAGACUAUCGGGAUUACUUCAUUAGAAGUUUACAUGAUGCACUAUCUGGUCAUACAAGCCAAAAUGUUGACGAAGCUGUUAGUUAUUCUGAACGAAGUAAAACAAAAUGUGUUGGAAUCACCAUUGAAACACGUCCAGAUUAUUGUUUAAAAAAACAUUUAAGUGAAAUGUUGCGUUAUGGUUGUACACGGUUAGAGAUUGGUGUUCAAAGUGUCUAUGAAGAUGUUGCCAGAGAUACAAAUAGAGGUCAUACUGUUAAAGCUGUUUGUGAAUCAUUUCAUUUAUCUAAAGAUGCUGGAUUUAAAGUUGUUUCACAUAUGAUGCCUGAUUUACCAAAUGUUGGUUGGGAACGUGAUUUAGCACAAUUUGCUGAAUAUUUUGAAAAUCCAGCAUUUCGUUCAGAUGGAUUAAAAAUUUAUCCAACACUUGUUAUACGUGGUACAGGUUUAUAUGAAUUAUGGCGUACUGGUCGUUAUAAAAGUUAUCCACCUGGUAUGCUAAUUGAUUUGGUUGCUAGAAUAUUAGCUUUGGUUCCACCAUGGACUCGAAUUUAUCGUAUUCAAAGAGAUAUUCCUAUGCCAUUGGUAACUAGUGGUGUGGAACAUGGUAAUUUACGUGAACUUGUAUUAGCUCGAAUGGAAGAACUAGGUGCUAGCUGUCGUGAUGUUCGAACACGUGAAGUUGGCAUACAAGAAAUACAUUCACGUGUAAAACCAUAUCAGGUUGAACUUGUUCGUAGAGAUUAUGUUGCAAAUGGUGGUUGGGAGACAUUUUUAGCCUAUGAGGAUCCAUAUCAAGAUAUAUUGAUCGGUUUAUUACGUUUAAGAAAGUGUUCACUGCAAACAUUUAGACCAGAAUUAAUCGUUAAAACACAUAAUAAUAAUGAUGACGAUGUUCAAGGUAAUAAAGAUCCUCGUUGUUCCAUUGUACGUGAACUACAUGUAUAUGGUAGUGCUGUUCCAGUGGCUGCUAGGGAUCCCACGAAGUUUCAACAUCAAGGUUUCGGAACUUUACUAAUGGAAGAAGCAGAACGUAUAGCUAAAUAUGAACAUGGUUCAUUGAAGAUUGCAGUUAUAUCCGGUGUGGGGACUAGAAACUACUAUCGAAAAUUGGGUUAUAAAUUAGAGGGUCCAUAUAUGAUCAAGUUUUUAUAAUGCACAAUUUUAAAUAACUUGACAUACAUUGACAAUAUUUCCUCCCCCCCCAUUGGUUUUCUGUACAUUCUUUUUUACUUUCUCAAUAAUCACCCCUAAUAAUCGGUUAUUAC